GGUGCAUCUUUGGCAGAAAGUUUUUUUGGCAUGGACACAGGUUCAGUGGGAGGAUUAGAAUUGACUGAUCAGACUCCUGUUUUAUUAGGGAGUACGGCCAUGGCAACUAGUCUCACCAAUGUAGGAAAUUCAUUUAGUGGCCCACCUAAUCCUUUAGUUGCUAGAUCUAAUAAGUUUCAGAACUCGUCAGUGGAAGAUGAUGAUGAUGUUGUUUUUAUUGAACCUGUACAACCUCCCCCACCUUCUGCACCAGUGGUAACUGAUCAAAGAACCGUAACAUUUUCAUCAUCAAAAAAUGAAGAACUACAAGGAAAUGAUUCCAAAAUUCUUCCUUCCUCAAAAGAGUUGGCUUCUCAGAAGGGCAGUGUAAGUGAGACAAUUGUCAUUGAUGAUGAAGAGGACAUGGAAACAAAUCAAGGGCAAGAAAAAAAUUCCUCUAAUUUUAUUGAACGGAGACCUCCUGAGACUAAAAACAGAACCAAUGAUGUGGAUUUCCCCACUUCCAGUUUUUCAAGAAGUAAGGUAAAUGCAGGAAUGGGUAAUAGUGGUAUCACCACAGAACCAGACUCUGAAAUUCAGAUUGCUAAUGUUACAACCUUAGAAACAGGUGUAAGCUCUGUGAAUGAUGGCCAAUUAGAAAAUACUGACGGGCGAGAUAUGAACUUAAUGAUUACACAUGUAACAUCACUGCAGAAUACCAACUUGGGAGAUGUCUCUAACGGACUGCAGUCAAGUAAUUUUGGUGUUAAUAUACAAACAUACACCCCAUCUUUAACUUCACAGACCAAGACUGGAGUAGGACCUUUUAAUCCUGGUAGAAUGAAUGUGGCAGGAGACGUAUUUCAGAAUGGAGAAUCUGCAACUCAUCAUAAUCCUGAUUCCUGGAUUUCUCAAUCAGCUUCAUUUCCUCGUAAUCAGAAACAACCAGGGGUGGAUUCUUUAUCACCAGUGGCCUCACUUCCUAAACAAAUUUUCCAGCCUUCUGCACAACAACAACAACAACAACAACCCACUAAACCAGUUAAAGUCACUUGUGCAAACUGCAAAAAACCUUUACAGAAGGGACAGACAGCUUAUCAACGAAAAGGAUCAGCUCAUCUCUUUUGUUCUACCACCUGCCUUUCUUCCUUCUCUCACAAGCCGGCUCCAAAGAAACUUUGUGUUAUGUGUAAAAAAGAUAUAACUACAAUGAAAGGAACCAUUGUUGCUCAAGUGGAUUCUAGUGAAUCCUUCCAGGAAUUCUGUAGUACAUCUUGUUUGUCUCUUUAUGAGGACAAACAAAAUCCUACUAAAGGAGCUCUAAAUAAAUCAAGAUGUACAAUUUGUGGUAAACUAACAGAGAUUCGCCAUGAAGUUAGCUUUAAAAAUAUGACUCAUAAGCUGUGCAGUGACCACUGCUUUAAUAGAUACAGAAUGGCCAAUGGUUUAAUAAUGAAUUGCUGUGAACAGUGUGGAGAGUACCUGCCCAGCAAAGGUGCUGGAAAUAAUGUCCUGGUGAUUGAUGGUCAGCAGAAAAGAUUUUGCUGUCAAAGUUGUGUCAGUGAAUACAAACAGGUAGGUAGCCAUCCAAGCUUCCUGAAGGAGGUUCGAGACCACAUGCAGGACUCUUUCUUAAUGCAGCCUGAGAAAUAUGGAAAACUGACCACUUGUACUGGUUGCCGAACACAGUGCAGGUUUUUUGAUAUGACUCAGUGUAUAGGUCCUAAUGGAUAUAUGGAGCCAUAUUGUUCAACUGCUUGCAUGAACAGUCACAAGACAAAAUAUGCAAAAUCACAAAGUUUGGGAAUUAUUUGCCAUUUUUGUAAGCGAAACUCUUUACCUCAGUAUCAAGCCACAAUGCCUGAUGGGAAACUGUAUAACUUCUGCAAUUCCAGUUGUGUGGCUAAAUUUCAGGCUCUUAGUAUGCAGUCGUCUUCAAAUGGUCAGUUUGUAGCUCCAAGUGAUAUACAGUUGAAAUGCAACUAUUGCAAAAAUUCCUUUUGUUCAAAGCCAGAAAUCCUGGAAUGGGAGAACAAAGUGCAUCAGUUCUGCAGCAAAACUUGUUCAGAUGACUAUAAGAAGUUGCAUUGCAUAGUUACAUAUUGCGAAUACUGUCAAGAGGAGAAGACUCUUCAUGAAACAGUAAAUUUCUCUGGCGUUAAGAGACCUUUCUGUAGUGAAGGCUGCAAACUAUUGUAUAAACAGGAUUUUGCACGACGUUUAGGAUUGAGAUGUGUUACUUGCAACUAUUGCUCUCAACUCUGUAAGAAGGGAGCAACUAAAGAACUUGAUGGUGUUGUGAGAGAUUUCUGUAGUGAAGACUGCUGUAAGAAAUUUCAGGAUUGGUAUUACAAGGCUGCAAGGUGUGACUGUUGUAAAUCUCAAGGAACACUUAAAGAGAGAGUGCAGUGGCGUGGAGAAAUGAAACAUUUCUGUGAUCAACACUGCUUACUCCGUUUCUAUUGUCAGCAAAAUGAGCCCAACAUGACAACUCAGAAAGGACCUGAAAACUUACAUUAUGAUCAGGGUUGUCAGACGUCCCGAACCAAAAUGACAGGUUCAGCACCACCCCCCUCUCCAACACCUAACAAAGAAAUGAAGAACAAAGCCGUUCUUUGCAAACCUUUAACAAUGACAAAAGCUACUUACUGUAAACCUCAUAUGCAGACCAAAUCUUGUCAGACAGAUGAUAAUUGGAAGACGGAAUAUGUUCCAGUGCCUAUCCCUGUGCCUGUGUAUAUCCCAGUACCUAUGCACAUGUACAGUCAGAAUAUUCCUGUUCCUACUACAGUUCCUGUUCCUGUGCCGGUUCCUGUUUUUCUGCCUGCCUCAUUGGGUAGCAGUGAGAAGAUCCCUGCAGUGGCUGAGGAGCUAAAAAGCAAAGUUUCUUCAGAUCCUCUUGAUACAGAGUUGCUUACAAUGACAGAUAUGAUGACUGAAGAUGAGGGGAAAACAGAAGCUGCCAACAUCAACAGUGUAAUUAUUGAAACAGACAUAAUUGGUUCUGAUCUCUUGAAGAACUCUGACCCAGAGACACAGUCUAAUAUGCCUGAUGUACCAUACGAACCAGAUUUGGAUAUCGAAAUAGAUUUCCCCAGAGCUGCUGAAGAGCUUGAUAUGGAAAAUGAAUUUUUAUUACCACCUGUUUUUGGAGAAGAAUAUGAGGAACAGCCUAGACCUCGAUCUAAAAAAAAGGGAGCCAAAAGAAAAGCUGUAUCAGGAUACCAGUCUCAUGAUGAUAGUUCUGACAAUUCAGAAUGCACCUUCCCUUUCAAAUAUACAUAUGGUGUAAAUGCAUGGAAACACUGGGUCAAAACUAGGCAACUUGAUGAAGAUCUUCUGGUAUUAGAUGAGCUAAAAUCUCCUAAAUCAGUAAAGUUAAAAGAGGAUCUGCUCUCUCACACCACAGCUGAGCUUAACUAUGGGUUAGCCCAUUUUGUCAAUGAGAUCCGACGGCCAAAUGGAGAGAGUUAUGCACCUGACAGCAUCUAUUAUCUUUGCCUUGGAAUACAGGAGUACUUGUGCGGUAGUAAUCGAAAAGACAACAUAUUUAUUGAUCCAGGAUACCAAACAUUUGAGCAAGAAUUGAAUAAAAUACUCCGAAGUUGGCAACCCAGCAUACUUCCAGAUGGGUCAAUAUUUUCUCGAGUUGAAGAAGAUUAUCUCUGGAGGAUAAAACAACUAGGAUCACACUCUCCAGUAGCUCUUCUGAAUACUCUGUUCUACUUUAAUACUAAGUAUUUUGGCCUGAAAACAGUGGAACAACACUUAAGACUUUCCUUUGGCACUGUAUUUAGGCACUGGAAAAAAAAUCCUCUAACAAUGGAAAACAAAGCAUGUCUUCGAUACCAAGUGUCUUCCUUAUGUGGAACAGAUAAUGAAGAUAAAAUUACUACUGGAAAAAGAAAACAUGAAGAUGAUGAGCCAGUAUUUGAACAAAUUGAAAAUACAGCCAAUCCUUCUAGAUGUCCUGUGAAAAUGUUUGAAUGCUAUUUGUCUAAAAGUCCACAGAAUCUUAAUCAGAGAAUGGAUGUUUUUUAUUUGCAACCAGAAUGCUCUAGUUCAACAGAUAGUCCUGUCUGGUACACAUCUACUUCACUGGACCGAAACACCUUGGAAAAUAUGCUUGUACGGGUUCUUUUAGUAAAAGAUAUUUAUGAUAAAGACAAUUAUGAACUGGAUGAAGACACAGACUAAAAAGGAACGUUUCAGAAGCAAUCGGGAUAAAACAGCAUUAGAUAGUCAUGCUGCUAGAUCUUUAUUAUGGAAACAUUUCAAGUUUACUCCUUCUGUUUUGAGUUUUGUAGCAGUGUACCCACACUGGGUAUUACCAUGUAAAUAAUCUGUGAGUGAAAGUUGCCAUUAUUCUAUGUAGUGGUUUUAGGAUACUUAACAAAUACAUUCAAAUUCUUUUUUUAUUAUUAUUUAUUUGAUUAGGUAUGUUUGUAACUUUUUACAUUACAAAAUACAAAUGAGAAUGUGCCAUGUAUAAUUUUUUUCUUGUAGUAAGAAACAUCCAUAUUGCACAACUCUACUGUUGAAAGGCUUCCUUGAAAGGAGGCUCUUUUACUGGGUUCUUGACCAGAUGGUUGUGUAUGGGUAGCACUACUAAAAGUUUAGAACUUGCAGUGUCUUUCAGAAUUUUUAAAAUAAACUAUAAACUAAUAGGCUGGGUUUUUUGUUUUGUUUUGGGGGGUUUUGUUUGUUUUGUUUUCUUUAUAUUUCAGUUACUGAAGCCUUACAAGGUUAUGUAGACAGAUGCCAUCUUCUGUACCAAAAAUAGACAAGAGAAUGCUGUCAAUAUUGGUGUACUGUAAUGUGAAUCUAUACUGGUGAAACAACUUUUUGUUCCCCUUAUUAAAACCUUAGUGUCCUUUU